CCUCGGAGAGCGGUGCGAGGCCACGCCGGGAGCACCGAGAGGCGCCCGCGACGCAGCCGCCCCCCCCGCCGCCCAGCGCCGCCGGCCGAGGCGCCCAGCCCGGCCACGCUCCCUCAGCCUCGCCUCACAGCGACGGCCCGCGCAGCCAUUAACUCGGGGACAGGUUUCCUGCCCCUCGGCGGACACGACCCGCUCCGCCACCCGCCCGCCCCGCCGGUGGGAGGAGCGGGGAGCGGCCCCGACCCCGCGGCCGCCGGAAUCGCGGGCGGCCAAGCAGGCGGAGCCACCGCGGCAGCGGGCAGCUGCGAUAUGUCGCACCCGUCCCCUCUCGCCCGGCCCAGCAAGCCCUGCAACCCCCGCGCCUUCUUCGAUGUGGACAUCGGGGGCGAGCGAGUUGGACGCAUUGUCUUUGAAUUAUUUGCUGACGUUGUACCUAAAACUGCUGAAAAUUUCCGUGCGUUAUGUACAGGGGAGAAAGGAACAGGGCCUACCACUGGAAAACCUCUCCAUUAUAAAGGAUGUCCUUUCCACAGAAUUAUUAAGCAAUUCAUGGUCCAGGGUGGGGAUUUCUCAAACCAAAAUGGCACAGGUGGAGAAAGUAUAUAUGGUGAAAAAUUUGAAGAUGAAAACUUUCAUUAUAAGCAUGAUAAACCAGGGCUGCUGAGCAUGGCAAACGCAGGACCUGGUACUAACGGCUCUCAGUUCUUUAUUACAACGGUGCCUACUUCUCACCUGGAUGGGAAACAUGUGGUGUUUGGCCAAGUGAUCAAAGGAAUGGGUGUAGUUAAAAUACUAGAAAACGUUGAAGUAAAAGGAGAAAAUCCUGCUAAGUUGUGCGUCAUUGCAGAAUGUGGAGAGUUAAAGGAGGGAGAUGAUUGGGGAAUUGUUCCCCAGGAUGGAUCUGGAGAUGUUCAUCCAGAUUUUCCUGAAGAUUCAGAUAUAGACUUGAAAGAUGUUGACAAGAUUGUGGCCAUAGCAGAAGACAUAAAGAAUAUAGGAAAUACUUCCUUCAAAUCGCAAAAUUGGGCAGUGGCAGCUAAAAAGUAUAGUAAAAGUUUACGGUAUGUAGAAGCUUCUGAAGCAGUGGCAGAGGAGGUGGACAAACCGAAGUUAAAGAGUGUUGCUUUGACCUGUGUUUUAAACAUUGGCGCUUGUAAACUAAAAUUGUUGGAUUGGCAGGGAGCCAUUGAAAGUUGUUCAGAGGCUCUUAAAAUAGAUCCAGCAAAUACUAAAGCUCUCUACAGACGGGCUCAAGGAUGGCAGGGAAUAAAAGAUCUUGAUCAGGCACUGGCUGAUCUUAAAAAGGCUCAUAAAAUAGCCCCUGAAGACAAAGCUAUCCAGACGGAAACACUCAGAAUCAAACAGAAGAUAAAAGCCCAAAAGGAGAAAGAGAAGGCAGCUUAUGCUAAAAUGUUUGCUUGAUUUUUUUUUCCCUAAACUUUCAAAUCUAUGCACUAACUCAUGCACAAGGAUAAAUGGAGCUGCUUCUUUCAUUUGCCCUGUACUGCAGUUGUCAGUGUUUACAACUCAACAGUCUGAUAAUAAAGACAAACUGUUCAAAGA